AUGCUAAUUUACAAAGAUAUUUUCUCUGGUGACGAAUUAUUGUCCGAUGCCUACGACUUGAAGGAGGUCGAUGGUGCCAUCUACGAAGCUGACUGUGCUAUGGUCAAGGUUGGUGGUGACAACGUUGAUAUCGGUGCAAACCCUUCCGCUGAAGACGGUGGUGAUGACAUUGAUGAUGGUUCUGAAGUUGUCAACAACGUUGUUCACUCUUUCCGUUUGCAACCAACUGCCUUCGACAAAAAAUCCUUCUUGACUUACAUCAAGGGUUACAUGAAGUCUGUCAAGAGCAAAUUGCAAGACACUAACCCAGAUGCUAUUCCAACUUUCGAAAAGGGUGCCCAAGCUUACGCCAAGAAAGUUAUUGGUUCUUUUAAAGACUGGGAAUUCUACACUGGUGAAUCUAUGGACCCAGAUGCCAUGAUCGUCAUGUUGAACUACCGUGAAGACGGUGUUACCCCAUUUGUUGCCAUCUGGAAACAUGGUGUGGACGAAGAAAAGAUCUAA